GUAAUUCGAACUUUUAAAAAUGUCUUCACAACUUCCUACAAUAUUUAAUUCAACAUUUCUGACUUCAGGCCUAAGCAAAGGAUUUUUCGAGUUUAUUACUAAAGUUGGCGAAGCCAGAAGUAAACAGGAAGAAGAUAGAUAUGUAACGGAAGAACUUGCAUACCUAAAAAAUAAAUUAAAUCAGCCAGAUAUUUCUACGAGUAAAAUGAAAGAUUAUAUUACAAGAUUAGUCUAUUGUGACAUGUUGGGACAUAAUGUUGAAUUUGGUCAUAUUCAUGCCGUUAAAUUAGUUCAAAGUGCAAAAGGAUUAUGGGAAAAAAGAGUUGGAUAUCUUUCAUGUUCAUUAUUCUUGCAUGAAACUCAUGAACUCAGUAUAAUGUUAAUUAAUACAAUACAAAAGGAUUUAAGGAGUAGCAAUCAUUUAGAAGUAUGUGCAGCACUGACAGCUUUAUGUCAGUUAUUAAAUACUGAAAUGAUUCCUGCAGUGUAUGGAUUAGUCGAGGAGAAAUUAUCUCACCCAAAAGAUAUAGUCCGGAAAAAAGCUAUCAUGGUUUUUCACAGAUUGUUUCGCGACAAGCCUGAAUUGAUCAUACAUCUUGACGAGAAAUUUCGUCAAAUAUUAUCCGGAGGAGAUCCUGGUGUAUUAGGGGCCAUUUUAUGUCUUUUUAUCGACUUUGUAAAGGAAGAUCCAAGUAAAUACAAGGAUUUAGUUCCCGUACUCGUUAAUAUUCUUGAACAAGUUCUAGAUAGAUACUUGCCUAGAAAUUAUGAUUAUCAUGGAGCUCCUGCACCUUGGAUUCAAGUAAAAAUUAUUCAAAUUUUGGGAAUGUUGGCACAAGAUGAUGAAAAAAUAAGUUCAGAAAUUGGACAAUUAAUUGUUCAUACUUUGAAAAAAGCAGAAAAUGGCGUGGAUUGUUCUUACGCUAUAAUAUUCGAAUGCAUUCGCACCCUAGCAAGAUUACAUCCACAAGUCUUAACAACGCUUAUUCACAAACCAUCACAUCUUAAUCCAUUAAGCGUAAUCACACGCUUUUUAAAAUCACAUAAUCAUAAUCUAAAAUACUUGGGAUUAAUUGCAUUGUCUGAAGUUGAUCCUGUUUGGUGGGUUGAAGGCGAAUGGUGGGGAGAGGAACAAAUGAGAAUUAUCGUGGAUUGUUUAGAAGAGAAAGACGAUUCUCUCAAGAGAAAAACACUGGAUUUAUUAUAUAUGAUGGUUAAUUCACAAAAUAUCAUUAUUAUUGUGGAAAAAAUGACUGAAGUAUUACGUAAAACUUCGACAACUGAUGAAUUUUUGCGGAAAUUAUUAGUUGAGAGAAUUAUUGAAAUUUCUGGAAAAUUUGCUACUAAUUCAGAGUGGUUGGUAAAAUCUAUAGUUACAGUAUUUGAGAUUGCUGGCGAUUUGGUUGAUGAAAAGACAGAAAAUUUGGCGUUUUUGAUUGUGUCCAAAGAUACUGAUGAUCCUGAAAAGGAUAGUGAAUUACGUAAAUAUGCUGUCGUGGAAUCAAUUAAAGUCUUGGAAAAAGAUUCAAGUAAUAUCUCAUCAAGCCUGCUUAUUUGGACCGUUAAGGUCUUGGGAGAAUUUCUGAAUCAUUUAGAUGAAAAAUAUGGAAUUGUAAUAAAUAAAUUAUGUGAAUUGUUAAAUAAGGAUAAUGUUAAUCGUAGUCUUCAGAUAGUAAUAAUUACCUCAUUACUUAAACAAGUGUCAAAGACAAAAAAUUGUCCAAACAAUAUUAUGGAAGCUAUCAUUAAAUGUAGAGAAUCAUCUUCUGAAGAUGUAAAGCAAAGAAGUCAGGAAUUUAUUAUAUUAGCAGAUGAUUUUCUACUUUUGGACGAGAUCUUGAAACCAUCUCCAUAUAAUGAAGAAUUCGCGAUUGACGAAACACUUUCAUUUCUUGAUGAAUUUGUUGAAACAGCUUUGAAAAAUGGUGCUAAACCCUAUAAUCCUAUACCAAUCGUUCGAAAUAAUGAAACUUCCGAACACGAAAAAAAACCAGCAGAAAUACGAUAUGAAGCAUAUGAAAAACCAGACUUACCAUAUUUCCAAAGUAAACCCGUAACGUCCAAUAUUUUAACAUUUAGUGAGCCAAGAUAUGGAGAUUCAGGACUUGCAUCGCCGCCAAUUGAAGAUAGUAUGUUAACUAGUUGGAGCGGAAAUCCUCCCGUAACUCCAGGUCAGCUGGCAUGGAUGAGUGUCUCAAAAGACUCAACAUUUGGAGAAUAUGAAGAAUUCGAUGGAAAUCGACAAAAUAGGCAAUCAUUAAUUUCGUCUGUUGCGAAGAUAGUAACUUCACCCAAUUCAUUGAAAUGGAGUCGUGCUGGAUAUAAACCAAUUCAGCAACAACCGUCACGCGACGUUGUUACCUCUCCAACGUUAUCAGCUAUAUCAAGUGAAGAGACAACGAAGAGUUCAUCAAGUAAUGUUCAUCCAUUUUUGAGAACAUCAGGCAAGACAGCGCCUAUAACAUCAAUUACAACAAAGAGUGUUGUCCUCUCCGAAAAAGACAGAUUAGCAUCAGCUUUAUUAAGUGGAGUUGGAACAAAUUCGGAAAUGAAUGCUUCAAUUUUUAAGCAUUCCGGAAAUGUUAAUAGUCAAAAGUCUGAUCAACGGAAGAAUAUAGGAACUCCUUCAUAUCAUCAUGCAAGGACCGAAUCUACAUUUUCAGAGAUAUAUCAUAAUAUAGAAUCUCUACAUAUAAACAAAAAUAUAUUACAAUAUUUAAAACCUUUACAAAUGACUACAAAAGAUUAUGAAAAAAUUUGGACAAAUUUAUCUAAUGAAAGACGAGAAGAAGUAGUGGGUGAAUCGGUUAUAAAUAAUAUGGAAAUCAUAAAACAAAGAUUAGAGGAUGGAACAAUUGAUAAGGUUAAUGAGUUUGGAAAUGCUAGUUAUGGUGGUGAUCUGAUUGGAAAGGGGUGUUGGAAAAUUGUUGAAAUUAUUGGUAAAGAAGCUAUUGCAGCAUCUCAGUAUAUUCAGAUGAAAAAUAGUACAUUAUCAUUAAAUGAAAAUAUAAUUUUGUUGCAUUUUAAGAUACAACCUUCAUAUUGUGUUUUUAUUAUUAGAAGUGAUAUUGAAGGAAUUAUUGAUAAUGUUGCAGAAGAGAUGAAAUCUUAUUUUAUUGUGGAAUGAGUGAAAUAAUAUAAUUUGUACUUUUUAAAUAUUUUUUAAUUUAAUAAACCUUGG